CAGGACGAUGACGGGGAGGGAACCGCCGUGUCCCCGCAGUUGUGUACAGUGUGUUGUGCCUCGGCUGCUGCUGCGGCUCCCCGGCUUCUGCUGGCUGGGGCUGUGUUGCUGUGUGCAGUGACUGCCGGGCCGGCUCACUUUCGCCCAGCCGGUCACCUCCUGAAUGCUGAGUGUCUAAGCGCCGCUGGCUGCACUGAAACGUUUGGCUCUUUCUCUUAGUAACAGCUUUUUACAUUCUGCCUCAAUUCCUCUCCAGCCUAAUAACUUGCCCCCUCCCCCCAUCAUCUAUCUCCUGGAUUUACCCCCUCCUCUCCCCUCCUCUCACCAGGGUAAUAACUGCAUAUCACCAGCCUUCCUAGCUGUCUAUCUGCUUUGGGGAGGGAGCUGCAUAUUUUGCAACAAUAUCCAGGUUUAUUUCUUGGCCUGACCGAAUUUUAAAGUAACUCCUGGCUCUGAAAUUUUCAGGAGGUCAUUCUCUCUUACUGCCCCAGUCAUUACGUUUGAGGAUUGUGAAAUCAUCUCUUUUCUCUGGUAAUAACUGCAGUUUUGCUGUGAACUCAUGGUUUAAGUGGGCAUAAAGAUGAGUAUAAGCAGUGAUGAGGUUAACUUCUUGGUGUACAGAUACUUGCAAGAAUCGGGCUUUUCCCAUUCAGCGUUUACUUUUGGUAUAGAGAGCCAUAUCAGCCAAUCAAAUAUCAAUGGUGCCCUGGUGCCUCCUGCAGCUUUAAUCUCCAUUAUUCAAAAAGGAUUGCAGUACGUGGAAGCAGAAGUUAGCAUUAAUGAGGAUGGCACACUUUUUGAUGGGAGGCCAAUUGAAUCUCUCUCGUUGAUUGAUGCGGUAAUGCCUGACGUAGUGCAAACAAGGCAGCAGGCCUACAGAGACAAACUGGCACAACAGCAAGCAGCAGCUGCAGCCGCGGCUGCUGCCGCUGUAGCCGCAGCAACUGCAAACAACCAACAGCCAUCCACAAAGAAUGGUGAAAAUGCAGCAAAUGGGGAGGAGAAUGGAGGACAUGCACUGGCAAAUAACCACACUGACAUGAUGGAAGUUGAUGGAGAUGUAGAGAUCCCAUCCAGCAAGGCAGUGGUAUUACGGGGCCACGAGUCAGAAGUGUUUAUUUGUGCUUGGAACCCAGUUAGUGACCUUCUGGCCUCUGGGUCAGGGGAUUCAACAGCCAGGAUAUGGAAUCUAAGUGAAAACAGUACUAGUGGGUCAACACAGCUGGUUCUCAGACACUGUAUACGAGAAGGUGGACAAGAUGUCCCUAGCAACAAGGAUGUAACCUCUUUAGAUUGGAAUAGUGAAGGAACACUUCUUGCAACUGGUUCUUAUGAUGGGUUUGCCAGAAUAUGGACGAAGGAUGGUAACCUUGCUAGUACCUUGGGGCAACAUAAAGGACCUAUAUUUGCGUUGAAAUGGAACAAGAAAGGAAACUUUAUUUUAAGUGCAGGGGUUGAUAAGACAACAAUUAUUUGGGACGCACACACAGGGGAAGCAAAACAGCAGUUUCCUUUCCAUUCUGCACCAGCAUUAGAUGUGGACUGGCAAAGUAACAAUACAUUUGCAUCAUGUAGCACAGAUAUGUGCAUUCAUGUCUGCAAAUUGGGACAAGACAGGCCAAUAAAAACAUUCCAGGGACACACAAAUGAAGUGAAUGCAAUAAAGUGGGAUCCCACUGGUAACCUUCUGGCAUCCUGUUCUGAUGACAUGACAUUGAAGAUCUGGAGUAUGAAGCAAGACAGUUGUGUUCAUGACUUACAAGCACACAACAAAGAGAUAUAUACCAUCAAAUGGAGCCCCACUGGGCCGGGAACAAACAAUCCAAAUGCUAAUUUAAUGUUAGCAAGUGCAUCAUUUGAUUCUACAGUUAGAUUGUGGGAUGUAGAUAGAGGAAUCUGCAUUCACACACUGACUAAACAUCAGGAACCCGUGUACAGUGUAGCCUUUAGUCCGGAUGGCCGGUACCUGGCCAGUGGUUCCUUUGACAAAUGUGUACACAUCUGGAAUACACAGACGGGUGCAUUAGUUCACAGCUAUCGGGGAACAGGGGGCAUAUUUGAAGUUUGUUGGAAUGCAGCAGGAGACAAAGUUGGGGCAAGUGCAUCAGAUGGUUCAGUUUGUGUAUUAGACCUACGAAAAUAGCGCUGCUGGUUGGAAGCCAUGGACCGACUAUGAAUGUGUACAUAGCCAAAAUGACUGUCCCUGACCCAUGUACUGCUAUAGUCCCAUUUAACCAUGGCCAGUCCACUACAGCCAAACUGAAAUUAAUGCUAUACUUAGAUAUUUAAAAUAAAUCUGAAAGCAAAUCCCUGCAAAAUGUUGCACCUCACCGACGACAAAGUUCUUGCCACAUUUGGUUAGUUUCUGUGUGCUGGAAGCUGCUUUCUUCACAUCAUCAGGAGAGGAAGAGAAGUGCACCGGACAUGCGUGCAGAGAGAACUUAAAUGUACCAAAUUUGGAAGAUGGUGGUCAAUAUACAUUUAGCAUUUUUAUUUUUAUUUUUUUACUUGUCCCAUGCUGAAUCUUUUUUCCCAUUUUUUAUUUUUAGUCCGUUUACCUGUACAGAGAACACUGGCUAUUUACUUGAGCAAUAGUUUGUUCUUUGCUUUGAAACAUUACAUUUGGGGCUUAGGAAGAAAUAUCUGAUGGCUGCAUAGAAUAACCCUUUUUCUUCAUUUAUUUACUCCUUCGACUUUUGCUUUGUAUACAGUAAUACAUUUGUGCACAGGAAUAGAAGACUCGUAUGACUUGGUACAAUAAACGUGCAACAUAAUAUAAUGCUUAUAGCAUAUGCAAAUUGUCACACACAGCUCCGAUAACAAUUGCAGGUAAAUUUCUGUUUUAUGGUGACGUGGCGAAUGUUUAUUUGGGACAUAAUUCUGCCAAAACUGAAGGGCACAAAUUAUAAAGAUCAGACAGCUGACACAAUUGUCUGUUCUCUUAGACCAUACAUGUGCUAUGGUUUCCUUGUGCACUACUGUGAUAGGAGCAAAUCACCCCCUUAUAUUGGACCUAUUUUUUGUAUUCUAACUUGCCUCAGUUUUUCGUGAUGUCCCAUUAUUUUCUUUUAGAUCAGAAACUUUUUAAAGGAUGCUAGGAACACAUGUAUUUUCAAUAACCCAACAUGAUGGGAAUCCUCAAAUUCCAGUGUUAAAGGUAUAUUGAAAGGCUAUUUGUGUUAAUUUCCCAUAAAGCGAAAAGUACCCUUAUAUACUAAUAUUAACAUAGACCAAGCAGAUCAUCAAACUUUAAUUGACAUAUUUUAAGUCUUAUAUUUUAUGCAGGUUUUAAGCGAAAAGCACCUGUAUCACUUUAGGCUGAUUAAAUUAUUUAUAUAUUGAGUUUCAGCAACUAGUUAAGAACAUUUUAAAAGAAAAAAAAAUACAUGUUUUGUGCUGCUAUUCAAAAUAGUAACCAUGCCUGCUUUUUCUCCCCGCAUUAGAUUUUAUAAUGGUUUUCAUAUGUUAACAUAAAAUUAUAAAAUAUAUAUAUAUAUAUUAGAAAUCCUUGCCACCUCUUGAAUUUAAACAGCAUAGUUGAGCUAUGUAACCUGUUUUCAGAAAUGGUCUGGUGGUUGGAUUAAAUGUUUAAAAAACAAAAAAAGUUCUAAUGCAUUAUUGUAAAUCAAUCAAGCAUGGCAAUUUGUCACAAGCCUUUUAUCUGAUUUUUUUUUUUUUUUUUUAAUUAAAGAUUUAGAGACUAUAACCACUUAAGGACCAGAAAGAUCUGCAUGACUGGAGCAAUUGUAGAGCAAUGUACUGCAGAAAACGAUUCAAACGCUGUGAAAAUAAAUACGCACUACACUUGUUUUCUGAAUUUUUCUUUCAGAUCAGUGGACCCUUAGUACAGUGUCAUUGUAAAACCAUCUAUAGCAAACUCUUUUGGUUGCAGACCAUUAAAAUGUUGUACCAAGUUGUAACUUGGUUUCAUUUCACAGGCAUACUUCUUUUUUUAUUUUUUUUAUUUUACAAGGCAGAGCCAUGAAUGGCGAAAUGCAAGCAGUGUAACUACCACAGUUGUCCUGGUGCUUAAGAGGUUACUUUUUCUUUUAAAACCUUUGUGCACAAAAGCAGGGACUUUUUGUGUUCCUUACUUUAAUCUAGAAAUUGAAUAAAUGGGUUUCAUGCUCUAGGAGUGGCAGAAAUUGGGAACUACAUUUUGCUUUUUCAGUGAUGCUAUGAGGUGAAUUACUUUUUCUUUCACAUGUUUCUACAUUUCCACACCACCUUAUUUAGGUGUUUGAUUUCAGCUGUAGACACGUCAGUCCUUUAAUAAAUAGAAAUUUCUGUGAGGAACCCCCCCACCUAAUACAAUACCUCUGCGCAAGGAAAUAGAAAGUUUUGCUACUGAAAUAUGUAUUCCUUUCUUUUGUGCUACUUAAUUUCUCUCCCCUAGGUUUUUUUUCUAAGUAAAAUUAAACCUAAAUGCUUCUAGAAUAUUUUUCAUUUGAUUGUUUUUCAUCAUCAUUGAAUCAUUCUUGCUUUUAUGGGCAGUGACACAUUAGCUUCUUUGAAAAUUUCAUAGAACACUUGGCCAAUUUGCUUGUAUAUUUCCUUUGUUAAAGUCCACCAUUGACCACUUUGUUUUUUUUUUUGUUUUUUUUAAAUGCAUUGUUACAAUGUUAAGUUUUUUUUUUUCUUAUAGUUUAAAAUGCUAAAGAAAUAAAAAUAAGACCUGUCAGUUACCUUUGCUAGAAUACUAUGUAUGUGGCUUAUGUCAAAGAAAUGUGUGCUAUAAUGGUAGGGAAGCAAGUGCUCCUGGGAAUAUAUGUAAUUUUUUUUUCUUUUUUUAUGUUAAAAGACUGAAGUAGUGUUGCUAUCUUUGCUCAAUUUUGCCCAAAUUACAUUACCAUUAUUUUUCAUAUUUUAAGAACAUAUUUACAUGCCUAAGUGAAACGGUUUAAGUACAUCUGAUUAAGAGUGAAAUAUAUCAUUCAGAUUUUAUUUUUUUUGUAAAGAAAAACAAGGUUUGGAAAUACUGCUAAAUAGUACUACUACAUCCUAAAGGAAAUACUGCUUACUUUAGUUUAGCGCUUCAGCUGUUCCUAUUACGAAUAACUCCAACUGUUUAGAUUUUAAUUGGAAAUGAACAUUGUGUUCUGCUUAUCCUCAUUCAGUGGUGCUUUUAAUCUCACAUCGUUGUAAAUAUCCACAUACAUUUUUAGACCUUAGUUUACGUCAACUUUUCUUUCUUAAAUCGUUUCCUGUGCAGCCAUCAUACCUAUCUUACACAGAUUUUAAACAAGGGAUGUAUAUUUUUUAUGGAGACAUUGCAAAAGUAUUGGCAUAGUAGUGUAAUCCAACAUUUAAUUUCUCUGUAUAGGUGUGAUCUAUUUCUGAACCCACAAAUCUGUUGGGUUUAAUUCUGUGAGCCUAUCAGCAAGCAGCACUGGAGUCACAAGUCUGCAUCAUUUCUUGUGCUAGUUAACUAACCAACAUGAACCAGCCCCCUGCAGUUUUUUGUACAUGUCAAAUACUUUUAUUGUUUGGUUUUCAUGAUAAUGUGUCUAACAGAUGACUUUUGGUGUUUGUACUGUCCUGGACCAUUUUAAUUACACUUUGAUGUAUUUUGGUUCCACAUCACAAGUUUUCCCAGGUCCCCAUUCCCACUUAUCCUUGUUUUUGACACAGUUUUCUGUUGCAUUUACCUUUUGCAUUGUAUUGCUCUGACAACUGUAAUUUGAAUCAGAUCUGAAAGAGGUCCAGAAUAAAAUAUAUUUUGAUAUUAA